CACGUGGGCGGGACCCGGCUCCAGGUCUGCUGCCGGCCGCCGGGGGGUGGAGGCCUCGCGGACGCCGGCGGGGAGGGAGUGCGGAAAGGCGUCCUUAGCUGCCCGUGCGCUCCCCGGGGACCGGCGCUUUGCUCAGUGGAUGGGGCACAGAGACCUGCAGGGGAAAGUGAAGUGAUGAAGCUCACUUGACUUGGAGACAGAGGCAGAAACUCCUCUGUGCCUUUCAGCGUGCCAGCUGUGUGACCCCAGCUGUGGCACAGUCCUCAGCAGACAAGGAAAUGAGAAAAAUACCAAAUAAUGGGAACCUGAGGAUGACGAAGGUGGCGUACCCACUGGGGCUGUUGGUGUGCCUGUUCAUCUACGUUGCCUACAUCAAGUGGCACUGGGCCUCUGCCACCCAGGCCUUCCUCAGCAUCACCGAGACAGCUUCGGGGGCCCAGAGGGGCCAGCAGGCCCACAGUCCUCAGGGGAUGGCUGCCCGCGGGCAUGAGGUCUUCUACGGCAUCAUGUUUGACGCAGGAAGCACCGGCACCCGUGUGCACAUCUUCCAGUUCAGCCAGCAGCCUGGAGAAGUUCCCACGUUGACCCAUGAAACCUUCAAAGCACGGAAGCCUGGUCUUUCUGCUUACGCGGAUGAUGUUGAAAAGAGUACCCCAGGAAUCCAGGAGCUGCUGAACGUUGCUAAACGGGAUGUUCCCUAUGAGUUGUGGAAGGUUACCCCCUUGGUCCUCAAGGCCACCGCUGGUUUACGCCUGUUACCAGGAGAAAAGGCUCAGAAGUUACUGCAGAACGUGAAAGAAGUGUUUAAGGCGUCGCCGUUCCUCGUAGGGGACGACUGUGUGUCCAUCAUGAAUGGGACAGAUGAAGGUGUUUCAGCAUGGAUCACGGUGAACUUCCUAACAGGCAGUCUGAGGACCCCCGGGAAGGGCAGUGUGGGCAUGCUGGACCUGGGCGGGGGGUCCACCCAGAUCACCUUCCUCCCGAGACUCCAGGGCACCCUUCAGACCUCCCCGCCUGGCUACUUGACGUCCCUCCAGAUGUUUAAUAGGACCUACAAACUCUAUUCCUACAGCUACCUGGGGCUCGGCUUGAUGUCAGCACGGCUGGCAGUUCUGGGCGGCGAGGAGGGGAAGCCUGCCGAGGGUGGAGAGGAGCUAGUCAGUCCCUGUUUGUCUCCCGGUUUCGAAGGAGAGUGGGAGCACGCCAAGAUAACGUACCGGAUCUCGGGACAGAAGGCAGCGGGGAGCCUCUACCAGCUGUGUGCCAGCCGAGUGUCAGAAAUCCUCCGGAACAAAGUGCACAGGACGGAGGAGGUGAAGGGCGUGGACUUCUAUGCCUUCUCCUACUAUUACGACCUUGCCGUGAAUGCUGGCUUCAUAGAUGUGGAGAAGGGCGGCAGCCUCGUCGUCGGAGACUUUGAGAUUGCAGCCAAGUAUGUGUGCCGGACAGCAGAGACCCAGCCACUGCGCAGCCCCUUCCUGUGCCUGGACCUUACCUACGUCAGCUCACUGCUCCAGGAGCUCGGCUUCCCUGGGGACAAAGUGCUGAAGUUGGCCCGGAAGAUCAACAACGUGGAGACCAGUUGGGCCCUGGGGGCCACUUUUCAUUACAUCGACUCCUUGAGCAGACGCAGGAGCCCCGCCCCCUAGCAGCUGCCGGCCCCACAGACGUGUCUCUGUGAGGACAAGCCCACUGGGGACUCCCAUGUUCUGGGAGGCCACAGCGUGGGCUGACCCGCCCCUACCCCCAGACCUCACCCUCUCAGGCGGCCCCUGGUGGGCAGGGCUGGCUCCAGGGGCGGGGCAGUGACCAGAUGCUAAGGUCAGGGCACCCCAGACCGUGUCCCUACCAUCCUGUUACAGGGCUGGGGCCGCUGUAACUUGUGCCCUGUGACACGAGUCUUGUUUUGUCCUGUUCCCCCCACUGUGAAGAGGUGGUACAGGUGACCUGCUACACUGGUGGGAGCCCUCUGAGCCUGUAGCUGGGCUGCUCCUCCUCAGGUGUGGACUGUGAUGUCAGUGUCACACAAAGGUUGUUCCCUGGCGUCCCCGGUGGCUUAGGGUCAGCUGAUGGGUUGGCACUGAAACUGGGAAGAGGGUUUGGAGAAAAGGCCUCUUCAUAGCCCAUGUGCCCUCGCUCUGAGGCAGCCAGCACGUGAGCGUGAACUGCUGUGAACUGCUAUAAACUACCUGUCUGCGUGUGUGCUAUCUGUGUGGUGCUGCUGCUUGUGCAGCAGCUGUGUUCUGAGCCAGGAGUGGAAGCCAGGCAGUGCCACCAGGCUGCAGCCUGUCCCCCCAGGCUCAUAGGCCCUGGCUUGGUCACAUGCUAUGCUCCAGUGGCCCCAGGUCCAUAGCACAUGGAACAAGCUGCGCCUCCUGUGAUCCACUCCAAAUAAAGGGUUUUCCAGGGUU